AUGGACGUCAAGCACGUGGAGGGCUGCGAGUACCACGCUCGGGAAAGCGAUCGGGAAUGCAAAGACGAAGUGAAAAAAGUGAUAGACAAGCUUAUACACGAAAGGAAGAAAAACUUUCAAGGGCAAGACAACUACUGCGGCAAUUCAUCUAUGAGCAUAUGUCCCAAUGUGUAUUGUAACAUCUACACAGAUCUGUACAACUGGUUUGGAUUUAAAAAUUGCAAAAAAAUUGACACGGAAUCUUUAAACACCUGCUUCACGGAUAUAGCCAACGGGGGGGUGGGUUACUACGAAAAGUUGAUCGUAUUGGGAGGAAGAAUAUUAGAGCUGUACAGCGAGCUGCACUUCUUCAACAGGUAUAACCACGAAAAGGAUGAGGAGGUUCUCCAAGACUUAAGAAACAUCAAAUCGGUGAAAGAGGUUGUCUUUCAAUACCUCUACGUGCAGAAGAGAAAAAAUCGAGUCACCUACAAAAACAGUUUGUACCUAUUUGGGUACUCUUAUCUGUACACUCCUCUAUUUUUUAGAAACAAAAAUUCGAUUGUAAAAUAUGUGAAGGCAUGCAUAGCAUACGCGGUUAAGUUCAGCGGUGCGAAUAUCUUUUCUUGGAUGCCUUCUUUGAUUGAGCAUAUACAUCACUCCCAGAAGGUGAAGCUGUCCGAGCUGGAGGAGGAAAACGAGCUCAUACAGGACCUGCAGGAGUUCUUUGGCUACCAGUUUGACUACGUGUUGCCGCGAAUAGCCGAGUGCUUCAGCCAGCACAAUUUGUACAUCAGCAGUUCGCACCUCACGGGGCUGCAGAUCGUCCGCAUCUUCGCCAAUGAGUACUUUUCCCUGCUGGCCGACGACGUCAACAUCGAGGGGAAGGAGAAAACCACGUGGGUGCGCGAGGAGACGGAGGCCUUCCUAAACUCCCACUGCAUCGAAAUAUUCAGCGGCUGCAUGCUGUCUCUUCACAAGUACCUCGGUGAGAAGGGGGUGAAGGUGGCUAAAAUAAAGGCAAUAUUUGAACAGCUGCUGUCCUCCUGCUGGGUGCUUGGAAGUGAGAAAAGGAACAAAGUGUGGGCCUGUGCCCUUGUGCAGAGGCUAAGGCAAGUGCAGCUGCUCACCCAGAUCACCACCAUCGAGAAAUGGUCCUACAGCAUCAAAAAGUACAACGAUUUGAACAUCCAGAAUUUUGUGAAAGACAUAUACAGCUUUAACAACAUCAAUGGGAGCGUCUUGUCUCCUUUCCAACUGCAAAACGUGAACAUUUAUCUGCCCCCCAAGGAGGGCCCCCUGAAGGAAAUCCCCUACUACACCACGCUGGCCGACCGGUACCGGGACCGCUUCCCGCGCGGGAGCGGAGGCGGAAGCAGCAACAACCGCGGCAGCGGCAACAACGGCGGCGGCCACCGCGGCGGCAACUGCCAACUGUACGACGUUUUAAAUAACAUCACCAGCACCAUAUACAAGCGCUUCCGGCCCAGGCGGCCCAGGCACAGGGGGUCCUCCGGCGUCACGCGCUUGGUCUACACGAACAGGGACGACUGCCCCCCAGACAUGAGCUACCACGACCUGAAGGCCAGCCUUUCGUCGGACGAAUCCACCAAGUACGACGCUGCCCACGAAUUGGACGUGGACGAUGAGGCGGAAGACACCUACGGGGAGGAGGAAGACCCAUUAACGCGGAGCACCCGGGAGGAAAAUCUUUUCACGCGGUACCAUGCAGGCGGAGGGACCCACGUAAAGGGCCCCAAAACGGGGAAAAACGGAAUCCCUGUGAAAAUAAAAUACAUUAAGGACGCAGCGGACGAUCGGAACUCCAAAUACGUCAUAGAGAUUCCCAAGCGGGACUUGGCGGGCGGCGGCGGCACGAACCACGUCAAGGCGGUUCUCUGGGGAAAUGGCAAACAGGGCCUGGAAAUCAAACUCCCCUCCGAGAGUGACCUCAUGCCGCACGUGCGAAUUAGAUGA